AUGUCUCACAAGGAAGAAAAGGAUGGAACUUUUUCUUUCAAUAAUCAAGAGAGGAACUUCAGAAUUGCAGUUGAUCAAGAGAAAUUUCCUACUCCUUUUUCAGAUCUUCAGUCUCUGAUGUUUCUUGUUGCAUUUCUCUACACUAUCCUUGUUCUACCAGUGCUUAAUGCUGAAUUAACAAAUGCAGAAUUUUCGGCAAGGCUGCUUGAUUCAGUUCUUCAAGACUAUGCUUUUAGGGCAUUUGUUAGGCCAAGAACUGGGAUUCCUUACAAUGGCAAUGUGCCUUCCAAUUUCACCGGAAUCAAAGUUGCUGCACUCAGACUAAGAAGUGGGAGCAUGAGGAGAAGGGGUGUUAGUAGAUACAAAGAAUUUCAUAUCCCAAUUGGUGUUUUGGAGCAACCUUAUGUAGAGAGGCUUGUUUUGGUUUAUCACAAUUUAGCCAAUUGGUCCAAUUUGUAUUACCCUUUAACAGGUUACACUCAUCUAACACCAGUUUUGGGUAUUUUAUCUUAUGAUGCUUCCAAUUUAUCAGCUAAAAAUCUGCCAGAGUUGGAUAUUAGAUCAUCAGAGAAGCCCAUUUUGGUCAAUUUUUCUAGUGUAAAGCCAGUGCCAAUGGGAUUGUCACCUAAGUGUGCGUACUUUAACUUGGAUGGUGCAGUGGAAUUUGACAAUAUAUUGAAUGGGAAUGUGUGUAAGACAACCAAACAAGGCCAUUUUUCUAUAGUUGUUGAGUUCACUGCUGCUGAGCCAGAACCUGCCAGUGGAGGUGGUAGUGGUAGUGGCACAGAGGGUCAUAAAAGUGGUAGGAAAAAAUGGGUAAUAUUUGGAUCAGUUGUUGGUGGAUUUGUGGCUUUGGUGUUCUUGGUUUUAUUGAUUGUUUGUCUAAAGAAGUAUGAUAAACAGAAAAAGAUUGAGAGGAUGGAAGAGGCAGCAGAUAGAGAUGUACCAUUGCUGAUGACAAGAGUUGGACAUACAAAGGCUCCAGUGGCUUCAGAGACACGUACAAGACCCUCAUUAGAGAAUGAAUAUCUCCCAUAGAUUUGCUUUACAAAGAGUUUUUUAAUAUUCAUCUGCAAUAUGCUUUCAGGGAAUUGAGCUGGCAAAGAACAAGGACUGGUGUUCCUUAUGAUGCAUAUGUUCCUUCCAACUUAACAGGGAUUACAAUUUCAGCCUUGAUGCUUACAAGAUACAGCUUAAAAUGGAGAGUCUAUGGCUGGUUUAAAGAAUUCGUUAUCCCAUCUGGGAUCGUAGAGGAUCCUUAUGUAAGGAAACUUGUUCUGGUUUACCAAAACUUGGCUAAUUGGUCAUCCUUUUAUUAUCCUUUACCUGGUUACACUUAUUUGACACCAGUUUUGGGAAUUUUGGCUUAUGAUGCUUAUGAUUUGUAUGCCAAAAAUCUUCCAGAAUUGGAUAUACUAGCGUUGGAAGAUCCUAUCACCAUCAGGUUUCCUUAUGUGCAGCCAGCACCAGAAGGGUCUUUGCCUAAGUGUGUUUAUUUCUAUUUGAAUAAUUGGGUUGAAUUUGGUGAUGUUAUAGAUGGAAAUAUUUGCGAAACCAGAAUACAAGGCCAUUUUUCUAUAGUUACUGAGGUGAAAGUUGCUCCAAGUCCUUCUCCUGCUGCUUAUGAAAUUGCUCCGAGUCCUUCUCCAACUGCUGAUGAAAAUAAUCAUCAAAAGAUCAACUCUAAAAUGUGGAGGAUUUCAAUGGUAUUUCUAGUAUUUGCCAUCUCGGGAAUAUUAAUUGUUCUUGUAAGAAAGUGUGGAUUAUUGGAAAUAAGACAGAGGCCGGAUGAUUCAGCAGCAAUUGUUGAGCCAUUGUUAGUGAACACAGAGGUGCCAUUGCCAGUGGAAGCUCCAACUAGACCGUUGCCGGAGAACGACUAUGUGCUUCAAGUUACGCAGAAACUAUGAUCAAAGUGACAACAAAUGCAUAGUGUAUAGUCAUUUGUCCCAGUGGUCAAAACGCCAUUUGUUUUGUGGCUUGCAUACUUUACAAUUUGUUAGAAAAUUUUACGCUAUCAAUAUAAUUUAAUCUAUUAUGACAAGUUAUUUAAUUUAUUUUCUAGAUUACUACA